AGCUGCAGCGAGCGAACCGCCGAGCGAAGCAUGGCUCCCCCCACAGGCAGCGUCAUGGAGAGCCGGAGCCCGGCCUGCGUAGCCAACCGCCUCCGGUGGGACCUGACGGCGCCCCAGAUCGAAACCGCCACCGCCGAGCUCAUGGACAGGACCAAGCGGGUCUACGACGCGGUGGGCGCCCUGGAGCAGCGCGACGUCUCCUACGAAAGCACCCUGAAGGCCCUGGCGGCCGUGGAAGUGGACUACACCGUGCAGAGGAACAUGCUGGAUUUCCCGCAGCACGUCUCGCCCUGCAAGGAGGUCCGCUCGGCCAGCACGGAGGCCGACAAGAAGCUCUCGGAGUUUGACGUGGAGAUGAGCAUGCGCAGGGACGUCUACCAGCGCGUCAUCUGGCUCCAGGAAAAACUCGAAAGCACCUCCAUGAAGCCAGAAGCAAAGCGGUACUUGGAGAGGCUGAUCAAACUGGGCAGGAGGAGCGGGCUUCAUCUCCCCGAGGCCACGCAGGAGAAAAUCAAAGAGAUCAAGAAGAAGCUGAGCGUCCUCUGCAUCGACUUCAACAAGAACCUGAACGAGGACACGACCUUCCUGCCCUUCACCAAGGAAGAGCUGGGAGGGCUCCCCGACGACUUCUGCAGCUCCCUGGAGAAGGCGGAAGACGGGAGGCUCAAGGUCACCUUGAAAUACCCGCACUAUUUCCCCCUGAUGAAGAAGUGUCACGUGCCGGAGACCCGGAGGCAGAUGGAGGAGCACUUCAACUCCAGGUGCAAGGAGGAGAACAGCCGGAUCCUGAAGGAGCUGGUGGCUCUGCGGGCCCAGAAGUCCGCUCUGCUGGGCUUCGACACCCACGCCGACUUCGUGCUGGAGAUGAACAUGGCCAAGGACUGCAAGACGGUGGCAGGUUUCCUAGACGAGCUGGCCAUCAAGCUGCGGCCGCUGGGCGAGAAGGAGCGGGCCCUGAUCCUGGAGCUCAAGCGCCAGGAGUGUGAGAAGCGGGGCCUGCCUUGCGACGGGCGCAUCAACGCCUGGGACAUGCGCUACUACAUGAACCAGGUGGAGGAGACGCAGUACAGCGUGGACCAGAACCUGCUGAAGGAGUACUUCCCCAUGGAGGUGGUCACGGCAGGCCUCUUGGAGAUCUACCAGGAGCUGCUGGGCCUCACCUUCCACCUGGAGGAGGACGCUCCGGUGUGGCACGAAGACGUGCAGCUCUACGCCGUCAUGGACGUGGCCUCGGGGGACGCCCUGGGCAAGUUCUACCUGGACCUUUAUCCUCGGGAGGGGAAAUACGGCCACGCGGCCUGUUUCGGGCUGCAGCCCGGCUGCUUGCUGGCCGACGGAAGCCGCCAGAUCUCCGUGGCGGCCAUGGUGGCCAACUUCACCAAGCCGACACGGGACGCGCCGUCUCUGCUGCAGCACGACGAGGUGGAGACCUACUUCCACGAGUUCGGCCACGUCAUGCACCAGCUGUGCUCCCAGGCUGACUUUGCCAUGUUCAGCGGGACCCACGUGGAGCGGGACUUUGUGGAGGCCCCCUCCCAGAUGCUGGAGAACUGGGUCUGGGAGAAAGAGCCGCUGAAGCGCAUGUCCAAGCACUACAAGACCGGCGGCCCCAUCCCGGACGAGCUGCUGCAGAAGCUCAUCAAAUCUCGCCAGGCCAACACAGGGCUCUUCAACUUGCGGCAGAUCGUCCUGGCCAAGGUGGACCAGGCCUUGCACACGCAGAAGACAGCUGAGGCCGCAGGGGAGUACGCCCGGCUCUGCGACAAGGUCUUGGGCGUCCCGGCCACCCCAGGUACGGACAUGCCGGCCACGUUUGGCCACUUAGCAGGAGGCUAUGACGCCCAAUAUUACGGCUACCUCUGGAGCGAGGUCUACUCCAUGGACAUGUUCUGCACCCGGUUCAAGCAGGAAGGCAUCAUGAACCCCAAGGUGGGGGCGGACUACCGCAGCUGCAUCCUCUGCCCAGGUGGCUCGCUGGACGCCUCCGACAUGCUGCUCAAGUUCCUGGGCCGACACCCCAAGCAAGACGCCUUCUUGGCCAGCAAGGGGCUGGCGGUGGAGCCCGGUGCCCGGCCCUCGGCCUGUUGAGCGCCAGGGUGGGUGGCCCCUCCGUGCAGCUGCCCUCUCCGUGGCCCGGCGGCGGGGGCCGGACCGCUUGCCUGCGCCUCCCGAGCGUGGCGGGCUUGGAGACAACGUCCCUCUCAGCGUUCCCCAGCCUGACGCCCCCCAGGUGUGUCCCACACAUCUGGAGGGGGCCAGGCUGGGGGAGACAGUUCUCUUUCUAUGGGGACAGGGGGGCGUUCUCAGAUCAGGGGAGGGAACGUAGCUAGAAGGAAAACGAGAAGCAAUAACAACUCUCAGAAAUGUUGCCCGGUUCCUUACGAAAAGGUGGGGGGAGGCCCUUUCCCCCCUCGGAAGGGCGCUGGGAAAGGGAGAAAAGCCGGGCCUGGGCAUGCGUUUACACGGAAGUAAGCCUUACUGUUUUCGGUGUGGCUUACUCCUAGGUAAAUGUGCAUGGGAUUGCAGCCUUCUCUGCAGGGGGGGGGAUAAUGACUCCAGAAUGACACCCCCCCGACCUCCGAAUCUUUAUGGGGACAACCAGCCUGCCAAGGUGACCUUGUCUGGGUUUGGGGGUGUUACCGUUUCUUCUCGAGCCCCCAAACUGUUUUCUGGGCCGUUCGUAGUCUAAAUCCCCGGAUCCGUUUGAGGUCCUGCCUCUGGGCUUCUUUUCUCCUCUUCGCUUAUCCGUGUUGUGAUUUCAUGGUCUGGGUGUCACUUUCUGUCUCAAAUAUUCUUUGCCGCCUUUUUAAUUCCGGCUGUUGCUUCUUUCCAGGUCUUUUCGGUUACACAGAGCAGAAUGAGUUAGGGAGGGAGGGAGGGGAGGGUCCGCACUCGGGCCAAGCCAGGGAGGGGAUUCACUCUUCCCAAACCUCUGAGUCGCUGUAUCCAAACCCCCUUGCUUUCGGGAGGCCCCGGGUGUGUCCAGGGCGGUCUCGGGUGACGCUACGCGUCUGCAGAAGGUCAAGAGAAAUCUCCGAGGCUGCGUCCGUUCUGGGCACGUUCAGUGUGCUGGAAAUCCACCCGGAGGACGCGCUGCACCUCUCCGCCCUCCGCCUGAAGCGGAUUGCGGCUUCUCCAGCACGUCUCCCAUUUGCGCCAGCCGUGGCACCGGGCUCCCUACUUAUAUCUGAUCAUUUGGGAUUUUAGAUCUGAAGACAAAUGCUCCCCAAUAAAGUUUUUAAAAGUUUUAAUUUGGAA